AUGUGGGCCAAGGGCGCCGACUUCAUUGCCCGUUCUUACGGAACAUACAUAAUUCACUUCCCUAAAAAUCUUUUAAAGAAACGUACGUCCCACUUGGGCUACCGCUUAAAUUACUUACGAAAUGCUCGAAAAGUUGGUAACGAUGCUGAUUGUACUCUGGAGCAACAACAACAUAUACGUGGUCGAAGUUCCUUCGAAGGCCCCACGACGUCUUCGAGAGUAUCUAAUGCAAGAGCACAGUCGGCAGCCAGCAGCGGCCUCCAACAACAUGAAGCUCCUCGCUACAUUCAUCUGCGUCGCGGCGUCCCUGGCCACUUGCAGUGCACAGAUCGUCACGGCGCCCCCACCGGUGUCCAACGCCUUGAAAACCGACGGGUGCGGUACGGGUGUCGUCCCAACGGCCUGCGCAGGCCUCUGCGACAAGCUCUGUCUCAGCGUCAAGUGCACCGGCGGCGUUUGCUCGGCGGACGCGACCACCGUCUCUUGCCGGUGUUACGAUCAGUUUUCGACAACCGCGUCGACGACAUGCCCGACAACCCCGCCGACGACACGCCCGACAACCCCGCCGACAACAGCAUGUUGAACACCCUCGUCUGGCAGCAUGCUGCCGCUAUGACCUUAUCGCAAUAAAACACACAAAAAAGUUAUUUGGGUA